CGUGCCGUACUCCGGUUUGACAUUUUUUCUAUUGUUGGUCAAAAUCCUGCUAAGUUUGAUAAGAUUCAAUACUUUCUUGACCUAGGGUUAGAAGAAAACUGCGUUAUGGACGUAGAAUUUGCGGAUAUGGGGCCGAGUCAAAGUCGUAUAAUACGCAGGCCUUCCGAUGUGAUUAUGUUUAGGCAAAGUUCUCGAGGCUUCGGCUAUCCUUGUAUGCAAAGAGUAGUCGGUCCCUUGUCCCAUGGGUUGUUCACGACAGCUGCUCGAAGGGCAUGUUUAUUUUCAUGCAUGCGAAGUCGGACACGCACAGUGAGGCCCUGUCCAUCCACGUCUUUUGAUCGUUUGACUUAAUGCACCUUACCGGUGAUGAGUGGGCACCAUGGCGGGUGGCGUAAUUUCGCGUGCUCCAAGCGUGUCGACAUUCCGAACGCUGCAGCCACGAUGUGCCCAAUUUGGACUCUUAUCAUACUGCGAUUAUAGACCAGGAGACCGUAGCCAGCAGGCACUUCCUAAUGUGGAAAUCUUUCUCACUCUCGGAAACAGACGAUUAUACGAAUGUGGCCAGUCCCAAUCACCCAAUCAUGGCGAGCCCGACGUGCCAUGGCGUCGCGACGGUCUACCGUUCGUCACGAAAAGUGGUGCCAUCAAGGAAUGCAGUUGACGAUCGUAGUCGCUCGAAGUACAUAGACCAGUACGGUUGGCAACUCCCGGUGGGGUCGUCGCUUUCCACCAGAUUUCAGUCCUUGAGGGAGGAGCCUCGCGAAGCUGAGGGAGCCGAAGAGUAGCUCUCGUAGGGAUGGGGAUCGGGGUCAUGGUAGAUUGCAUCUCCUGCAGCAGAGCAGACACAGAUUCUGGUGGGACCGUCCGGCGUGCAGGACGCAACGAACAUGACUCAACAGAUUUCAGAACUGCCCAUGUCCUGUCAGUGCGGGCGGGCGGAUGGAUGUCUGUCUAGUCCCCCCCCGGUCCCUUUCUUUGUGCCUGUCCUCCCUCGGGCCUCGUGACGUCGAUAGCUGAUUGACAUUGUAUUGACUGCCUGUCCCAUUUCAGUCAUGCGUACACAGUGUCCCAGUCAAAAGGCACAGACACGCCACAAAUCUCGUACUGCGUAGUUUUCGCUUGCUCGAUUUCCAAACCUUGUCAUCGGACUCACCCUUUGAAUGCAGUUGACGCGCACGCCUACACGCGCAGGCCAAGCUCGUGCAGGACCGAAAUUUACAGCAGAGUUGCAAUAUCUGUCCUAACCUAAGUCCAAAAUGUAUCUCUCACCCUCGCCAUCAAUUUCAGUCAGAAAAAUAUGAAUACUCUCACGCUUGCGCGACUUGUUUUCUCAUAGUGGGCAGCUGACAAAGUAGAGGCUCAACAUCUGGAUGGCAUCAAUGGAGCUUCACGGUCUAUUUUAGUCGCUCGGGCUGA